AACAUUGAAGACUUGAUGGAAAUGGUGAAGAAGUUGCAGAAAGCGGGAAGCCUGGAGCCCAGAGUCGAAGUCCUGAUUAACCGAAUUAAUGAAGUUCAGCAAGCAAAAAAGAAAGCCAGUCAGGAGCUGGGAGAGGCCCGCACUGUCUGGGAGGCCCUGCAGAAGGAACUAGACUCAUUGAGUGAAGAAAAAGUACACCUGAAAGGGAUCUUGAGCAAAAAGCAAGAGACCCUGAUGACCCUCCGGCUCCACUGUCAGGAGAAGGAUGCGGAGGCGCAGAGGAAGCAAGCCAUGCUGCAGGAGUGCAAGGAGCGGAUCUCUAUCCUGAACUCCCAGAUCGAGGAAGAGAAGAACAGACAGAGGAAGCUGAGGUUGGAUUUCGAGGAACAGUUGGAGGAACUGAUGAGCCAGCACAAGGACCUCUGGGAGUUCCACAGGCCAGAGCACCUGGCCCAGGAGAUUGGCGCCCUGGACAGCAGCAAGGAGCAGCUGCUCAAGGAAGAGAAGCUGGUGGAGGCAAAGCUAGAGGAUGUAAGGCAUCGUCUGUGCUCCCAGUUUGGGGUGAAGGGCUACUCAGACAUCACCGAGGGGCUCUUCCUCCGCAGCCCGGAGGCAGCAAGCGCGGUGCGUCUGUUUGAGGAGGAGAACGGAUUGGCACAGGCGCUCCUGGCGGAUGCUGCCCAGCACCACGAGCAGCUGCAGCAGAAGUGCCAGCAGCUGCAGCAGAAGAGGCAGAGGCUGAAGGAGGAGCUGGAAAAGCUCGGACUGCAGGUCCCUGCUCAAGCACAGAGCAAGCAGGAGGAUGGGGCUGGCCCAGCAGAAGCUGUGAGCCCUGGAGCCAAUCCCAAGCUUCUUGGAGUCCGUGAGGAGAAAUACCCAGAGCUGUCCACUAAGAAGAGCCUGAUACCCUCCUAG